GGGGGGGGGUUUAAAAGUGUAAGUGGAGCAGAUGGCCCGGGAACGGACGCUGGAACGGCUCUGCCGCGUGCAGCCUAACGUAAAAGCGAGGCCUCGCCCAGACGCUAUCGGCCACACCUCACACCCUGACACGCGCUCAGCCUCCCGCGUCUGGCACCCUCUCAGGAAUCACCUCUCUUUGCCCUUUCGCCCAGAGGCUUGUUGGUGAUGUCAGUCUCUCCAGUGCUUUGUGCCGGUAAACAAGGGAAAUAGGAAUCAUAAGGCGGCAGGUGCUAGCCAGCUGCCGCGGUGUCUAGAUCUCAUAAAGCAUAAUAGAAAUUUCUUUGGAAAUGUAUUCGACGGAGCCCUCUAUGAUCUACUUAAAUUGCAGCAUCUGGAAUUUGAAUUUGUUUUCACCGGGGCUCCAGUGGAAAAGUUUGAUUUUUCGCUUUCCAAUUACCAAAGAAAUUAAGGCUCAGAAACACAAGAAAUCAAAUGUAUCAGAGGGGGAAGGGAGGGAGGGGGGAAAAAAAUGUCCAAUUUCUCUACUUCAUUCAUCAGACUGUGACUCCUCGAGUGUUAGAGGCCACUACUAGCAGAUGAGAUAAUGCGGCGGACGUCUGUGCUGGAGAAAAACAAACAAAAAAAAUGGUAAGCAAAAAUGGUAAAGGCGUGGGAGUCGGCUGGAGAGCGAGCCCAAGACCUCUGUCUCUGUUUGUUCAGAUGACAUCAUCUUUCUACUAUCCCAUAUAUCAGAUACCCUGCUGUCCUCAGCACUAGCCCUCAUUUUUUUCUUCUUACUGAGCAGACACUGAGUCAAUGAUUGGCUUGAAAUUUCACUGAAACUGCAUGCUCCACUGUGCCUGGCAUGGUCAGUCAUUCUUAAAAUGUCUCUGUGCCACAGGUUGUCCUUCACUUCAUCGGGUUUCUCCAGCAGCGCUGUGAGCGCAGGGCCCUUCGGAGAGACACCGGAGGACGGGAAAGGCUCAGAGGAAGCUCUACCCUGCUGCCCUCUCUCACCUUUCGCUUCAUCUGCUCGCCUUGCAUUAGCUGUCUAGCGAAGCAGUCUGGAUCAAGUGGUGCAUUAAAGUAUGAGAGAAAAGUUUCUGUUUAACUUCUUAACUGAAAAAGGAAAAAAAAAAAAAGAAAAGAAAAGAAAAAGGACAAACUUGACUAGAUUCCCAAACACUCCCACCAUCCAAAAAACGGCGAAUGUAAAACUCAUUAUAUGCAGCGGGGUUGAAAAUGAACUACACUGCGAAAUUAUCAAGGUGACAGACAUUAUGUUCCUACGUACUGCCGCAUGCCCAGUUCUCCUUAAAAUUACAAAAUGGAAAGGGAGAGGAAAGUGUUAAUUAAUGUAUGCUGGCACGUUCUGCUCAUUUGAGUAAUAUCUUCCCUGGAUACGCUGUGGGGCAGUAAGUGCUGCCAGUAGUAAGUCAAGUUCACUGUCUUGUGUUAUCACCUACAGUAAGGCCUACAGUAUGAGCGCAGUGAUGUGUCCUGGGCAUCUGGCCAUCACUGAUCCCACUCCUUAGACCUGUGUUUGUUUUGGGAGCUCUGGCUACCUCUGACCAGUGGAUAAACCCCGGACUGUGUAUUUUGAAUGUCAGGAGCACUUUGUGGUACCUGUGAAAUGGAUUUGAUUCAGGGCUUAUGCUGGAACCGGCAGAGGCUCUGCUCAGUGUCACAGCACAGCAUAAACACCUGUUGAUUUCAAAAUGGUAUCGCCCUGCUCUAACUGUGAAUAGGCACACGUCCAGAUGCUCAACUCUCUCUCUGGAGAAUCUGGUCAGAGAGCUUCUGCUUCUGAUUUCUGGAACAAUCAAUAGGCCUUAGUUUAUACAGGAAAUACCAAUAUGGAUGAACAGGGGGAUUAGAUCAUAACAAGGAGCUAUUCGAAAGGAAUAGUGGGGAAACAGAGUGUACUCACUUGGUUUAGCGAGACAGACACUUUCCUCCUGAUUGGCGUUACCAUGGAGAGCGUUGCUACGUGACGCUUGUUGAUAUCCAGGAAGAAGAAGCAGGCUCAUCGGUAGCAAGGAGGAGAGAAAUGGACGAUAACUUUCAGCUCGGAGACACGCAGCCGGUGAAAAACGUUGUCAAGUCUGGACGAAGAGCUCGCCUUGCAGCGGACCAAUCAUCGUUUGAAGAUUCUCGUUAUGCAAGGAAGUCCUCCACCUCCGCCUCAGUGGGAGAAGAGGAGGAUGAGGGUCCUCCUCCCAAACCAGCCCGGCGGCAGGGCGGCUGGGCAGAGGAAAGCUCCGGGUCCGGCUCUGCCAAAUCUUCAAGAAGACCUGCAACAGAGGACCUGGAAGACCGACGCCUGCGACCGCAAACUCCCCAAGGAUCGGAUGAUGAAGGGGAUAUUCCAGUGAUUCCAGACCUCGACGAAGUGCAGGAGGAAGAUCUCACUAUGCAAAUCGCAGCUCCGCCAAGCAUCCAGGUGAACCGGGUUAUGACCUACAGAGAUCUGGACAAUGAUCUGAAGUAUUACUCCGCCUUCCAAACCCUAGAUGGAGAGAUUGACUUGAAGCUCCUCACUAAGGUUUUGGCUCCAGAGCAGGAGGUGAAAGAGGAUGAUGUGGGCUGGGACUGGGAUCAUCUGUUUACAGAGGUGUCCUCAGAGCUGCUGAUGGAAUGGGAUCAAGGAGAGAGUGAGGAGCUGGUGGCCUGUCUGUAACAUGAGGAGGACUUUAAAUGACUCCGGUGGGAAUGGUGGGUGGAUUUCCAUUACACAAAAUGCCCAGCGACUUUAGUUAUAUUAACUUAAAUUACUAUUUGUUAUCCAGAAUUUGUAUUAUAUAGAGUAUGUAUAGCAUUUCUUACAUUUUCUUAAUAAAUCUUCUGCAGAGACCUG